UAAAGAGAUCAGCAGCGUGCCGGCGACAGUGGAGAAAACACAGCAGCAGCAGCAGCAGCGUCACCGUCGGCAGCACCAUGGUCGCAUUCACUUUAUACGACUGUGAAGUCAUGAAACAGUUCAGUCCAAUUAAAAGGAAAAGAGAGGGGGGCAUCCUAGGACAUGAGGAUGUGACCCCUGAGGACAGACCCGAAGCCCCUGUCAGCAGCGCCAACGUGAGAGCUCCGGUGAAGAGAGCGAGAAACGCGAGGGACAGAAAGCAAGGCAUGGAAUCGAUGAUGAACGACUCGGGAAUCGGGGUGUUUGAAACGCCCAGCCCGACCCCGGAGAGAUCUCCACGUUGCCCCCGGGUUUUAGAAUCGCCUUUAGAAACGCCGACAGAUUGGGGGAACUUCAGAGACUAUGGUGAGGCGUGCUAUCACUACAAGAAGAGCAACGAGCUGCGAUUUCACCCUGUCAACUGUUUAGCUCUUCAGCCGCAGAUAACCGCAGAAUCCAGAUGCAAACUGGUCAGCUGGCUGAUUCCAGUCCACAGGCAUUUCAAGUUGUCCUUUGAGUCUUUCUGUCUGGCUAUCAACAUCAUGGACCGCUUCCUCAUCACCACUCCCGUGGCUUCGGAUUGUUUCCAGCUGUUGGGAGUCACGUCGCUGCUUAUUGCCUGCAAACAAGUGGAGGUGCAUUCCCCCCGGGUGAAGCAGCUUCUGUCUCUCUGUUGUGACGCCUUCACCAAAGACCAGCUCUGCAAUCUAGAGUGCAUCAUCCUCAUGAAGCUCAACUUCAACCUGACAGCUCCCACCAUAGCAUUCUUCCUAGAGCAUCUCAGCAACCAGAGACUUCACCUCGGAAAUCACAGCCAACAAGUGUCCAUAGAGGUCCAAAAAUCGAAGAACUUUGCCAGAAAGAUUUCUGAGCUCAGCAUGGCAGACUAUGCAUUUAACAGAUACCCCCCAUCACUCAUGGCUAUCUGUUCAAUGGGGCUGGCUGACCAAAUGCUGGGCCUUCCUUGCCCACUGGACAAGUUUGUGGAUGGAUAUCCACAAAAGACAAUAGAGGACUGUUUGGCUAAUCUAAGGCUGCUGGUGUCACUGAACCAAGAAGUGCUGCAGACCUUCUCAGAGUUGUGAGCAGCACAUGAACUUCUGCAGUUACUGUUUGAGUUUUACAAUGUAAAACCGCACCUUUUAUUUAUGUUAACAGUGAGCAUUUUUAUGCUGUUACUGUGGAGUUGUUACCAUUGCUGUUUAUUAACUGGCACACCUUACUGAUUAUAGUGUUAUCAUUUAGUCCACAAACGGCAAGUAUUAGGUGACAACUUAAUGAGAAUGUGAUUUUUGCUAUUAAUGCACAAAAUUUCGAAACAGUGUUGUUAAGAAAAGCCUGGAGCACUGACAACUGUACAUAGUGUAAAUAUAUUAUUUAUAUACCGUAUGGAUUGAUGUUUAGUUCGUAACUGUCAUAACAAUUUGCACAACU